CAUGAUGUCAUUCCCAAAUCCUGACACCUGGAAUUUCCCACCAUGCGGCGCAACGAAGUUGAGAAUGAGGUCGACAUGGAAGGCGCCGACGACGACGCUGAGCGUUACGAGGGCGAUUCUCCUGAGGAGGAGGAUGGCGAUGAUCCGGAGGAGGAAGACGAGGACGACCAGGUCGGUGUUACCGUUCUAGACGAGGAAGAUGCUCAAUCUAAUGAUGACGACGCCAUUGUAGAAGAAGAGGACGACCAGCUCAGCAAUACUUCUUCGUCGCAACCAGCACAAUCCAUCGCGACUCAAGAUCAAGUUGAAACUCCCCCACUGUACCGAGCUCAACGUCCAACACGGCGACACCAGCACCGGAAGAAUAUCACCGUCCACCAAAGAGAGCUUUCUGCUCGCACAAGGAGGAUAGUACCGGGUACGAUUCCUACCUUGAGAGCUCAGAAGAUGGACGAUAAUGAUGAUGAUGACGAUGAGAGUCUAUGUCACCUGAAUCGGAGUCGACACCUCAAGCUAGCCGUUCUGGCCAAUGUGGUCGACUCUUCGCAUGUUUCUUGGUUGCAGAUGGUGACACUGCAGUAUCCGUGGGCAAGGGUAGGAAAAAGCAACUCAACGAGACCGAGUUUAGCCUUGCGUCGGGAAGAGACAGCCAGGAAGAGGAAGAAUCUUUCUGAGAAAAAGUUGGAGGAUGAAAAGGUUGAAACUAUCAACCGGCCUACUCAAAAAACAAACACGUCCGCGGGGCGGGUAGACGCAACGGAACUACUACUGGAACGGGCAACCCCGUCCGGAGUCAAGGUGCAGAACGAUAGCGAUGAAGAGGCCAUGGAGGUGGAGGGAAAUCCUGGAACUGAGGAGAAAAUGGACGUCGAUGAUACGGUCCCGGAGGAGAAGAUGGAUGUUGAUGGUGCGGCAGAGAAGGAGAAAACCGAUAGUAACGAAGAGAAGAAGAUGAUUCUGAUGUUCUCAGUUCCGCCGUCUUUGCUGCCAGAGGGCGAAGUGCACCCUCCUGCACCACCAAGGCCAAUACCCCAGUGCAAUGUGGAAGGCUGCGAACUCAAUAGAAAGUAUAGGCUCGUUAGAAACUGGGAUAUGGGUGCUUGUGGGAUGGCACAUUUGAAGCUACUGCAGGCUUAA